CAUUUUUUGAAAAAAAGGCCUUCUUUAGUGAGUUCGUCUUAGACCUCCAAAUGCAUUCGGCUGCCCCUGCUGACAUUGAUAGACAUUACACAGACUUGUAUAUGCGCCCAUUAGGAAAGGAUCAAAAGACUCAUUUUCAGGGGAUAUAAUUAUCCAAAAAAAAUGAUCCCCUUCAAUAAUCUCUUUUAAAUGACAAGACUUUGAUCAUCUAAAACUUACUUUACGCUCUUAUAUUUAAUUGUUACAGAUAUUUUUACGCAUAGGGUGUGCAUGUGGGCUUUGCUCUUUUGGAAUGUUAGGUGUUAGUACAAAAACACAUUAUUUAUCAAGUCUACUUCAUAAUGUUCAUCCAUGAAACUACUUCAUUGCCCGCGAAAUGAUCCGGUAAUGCAAGAUUAUCACAUACAUUAAUGUGCAACCCUGAAUGUUUGAGUCAAAACAGGGUCAAAUCAACAGUUUAAGUUAAAUAUUUAACUAUUACUAUAUACUUAAAAAAUAUGAUAAUUGAUAAACAAAAGUCUACCAAAAUAAAUAAUGAAUGUUUAAUGUAAUUAAGUGAAAGUAUGUGAGAGGACAAGGAGUUGUUGAGAUGAAUAAGAAGUGUUUAGGUUAAAUAAAUUCAUUGAAUGAGUGAAGGAGAAGUUGUUUUAUAUAAUUUGUAUUUUUAGGUCAGGUUAAAUAGGAUUUGGGUUGAGUCAGGCCUCUCAUUUUGCCGAUCCAAAUUAGAUUCAGAUAUUAUACGGGUCAAGCCAUGUUGGAUCAGAAAAUAUAAAAUUUAGAUCCGAUAUUUUUUUAGUCCUAUUUUUGACCCGAUCCGGCCCAUGAGACUCAAAAAGUGAACGAUUAUUUUUUCUUUCUUUCUUUUUUUCUUUUUUUUCUUUCUAGAACGGAUGUCUUAUACAGUGCAAGUACGAAUGCACUCAAAAAAAGCCGAAAAUAAUAAGUCUACCCGUUGGCUUCUCUAUACUCGGCCUGCAACCAACCAUGGCCCGGAUAUAGCUAAGCAGCGGAUAGUAUCGGUCCUCCUUUCAUCGACCAAGAAACACAUCAUGGGACGGGACUGGAAGAGGUCCGGUUCCGUCGCCCACCAUCUCGCUCUCUCUUGUUUCUCAAGCAUUCCACCCGGAACUCCAAGGAAUUCUCUCUCCUUCUUUUGCUUCUGAAUCAGUUAAACUGAGAGCUUAUCAACCUGGGAUGAAGGUGGUUCUCUGUAUGGAUUAAUUGCAUGAACUUUAAAUUUACUAAAUUGCAGGCAUGAUAUAGAAAGCUAUACUAAAAGAUUGGAGGCCAUAUUUGAGACCUUCCUAAGUUGAACAUUUGUCCAUUAGUAAAUUAGGUAGCAUAUGAUGAAGGGUGCUGCAGACAGGAUAUCACAUCGUCCAAAGUGGAAGAAAGUAGCCUACGGAGGAAUGCAGCCGGGGUACAAUGAUAACUACAGUGAUGAGUCAUUCCUUGAAGCAAUGGUUAUGAAUGCUAAUGUUGUAAAGAGGGAUCUGUUUAAGGUGAUGCAAGACUCCGUUUCCAUAUCUCAGUAUCUUUGCAUCGUUGCUCUGGUGAUUUCUGUCUGGAUUCAUACAUUGGGUUCAGUCAUUGAUGAGACCUCUCUCCUUAAACUCGAUGUUGGCCUUCUAGCACUCGGCUUUUCAGUUCUUUUGCUUACGACAAGUCAGCUUUCUCAGCAGCUUCUCUCUCGAUAUCUUCUUAACAUUUCCUUCUUCAUCAGUGGCUUGUACAUUUUAGCGCCUAUAUAUCAUACACUCACCAGGUCUAUCAGCUCAGACUCUAUAUAUGCACUCACUGUGUCGCUUCUUGUGGUCCAUCUCUUCUUGCACGACUACUCUGGUUCCACAAUAAGACCCCCUGGUGCUCUGAACAAUCCAACCUUGGCCAGCAACAUUUCUUUGAAUGCAUCAAUAGUAGCUUCAGUUCUAGUGGCUUCACGCCUCCCAUCUAGGCUUCAUGUCUUUGCCAUAAUGUUCUUUUCCCUGCAAAUCUUCCUUUUUGCGCCGCUCAUCGCAUUCUGCAUUAAGAAAUACUCCUUCAGACUGCAUAUGUGGUUCUCAUUUGCAUUGAUGAUUAUGACCUUGAGCGUUGUGUUCCAGUUGCAUCGCAUGCUCUUUGUUCUUUUGCUGGGUCUUCUGGUUUUCGUAUCGGUUGUUUGCCCCUACUGGCUUAUAAGGAUACAGGAAUACAAGUUUGAGAUAAAUGGUCCCUGGGAUGAAGCUAAGCUCUGCUUUGAUAUAACUGAGUGAGAAACAGUAUUCCUACACUUCCUGCAAUAAUUCGUUGAAGGCAUGUCCAGAAUGGAUUGCAAAGCUAUAUGCUGCUUUAACGUAUAGAUCCUGUGGUAAAAUGUCGAUGUAACAUUUGUAUCAAAUUUCUUUUUUUUUUUCAUGCUGCUGUAAUGCUGCUAGAAAGCAACUAAUUAUUUUCUUAUUGUUGAAUAUUCCACACCUCUUGUCUGGAUAGAAGCAUCACAAUUAUUCAACACUGGUAUUAUAUUCUA